AUGUCAGCCAACGGAACAAACGAAAUUGCAGCGCUUUAUCCGCCUCCACCACCUUACAUCAAGCACUUUACGCUCGAAAACGUGGCCAAAUUCGAAGAGCUCAAAGGAUCGGGCUACACUCUAGAAAAUUUGGAAGAUGACUUGGAAUACCUAGUUCCUCCUACAAUUCCCACCGAGGGCCAUUACAGGGCUUUUGGAAGCAUAUGGCAGGUCAAGGAUGAGCUUCCAGACUUGGCAAGCAUGGGAAUGACACAGCUCUACCAGUUCAAAGAGAGCAAUGAGGGAGCAAGUUCCAGUUAUCAGGAAAAGAUACAAGAGCUUCACAAACUGCUGCGAUCGCUCCUGCUGAAUUUUUUGGAGUUGACAGGAAUCCUGAGCAUAAAUCCCGAGCAGUUUCCGGAAAAAGUUGAGCACAUACAGACCAUUUUGGUCAACAUACAUCACCUGCUGAACGAGUAUCGGCCGCACCAGUCGCGGGAGUCUCUCAUCAUGCUGCUGGAAGAGCAGUUGGAGAGCAAGAGGAGCGAAAUACAGAAAAUUGAACAGGUUUGCGCGCAAGUCAAGGAAAAGCUCGUUAAGAUGGUAACCGAGGGAGAGGAUUCCGCGGUCGGGGACCAAAGUGGUGAGACGCAAGACGUUGAUAUGGCGGAUGAGGCUGGUCCUUAG